AUGUGUCUGGUAUAUAGCGAAGGCCACCCGAUCCCCCCGCCGGAUGCUACUGUCCAGAAGAUCGAGGACGCCUACAUCAAACAACGCAAAGGCCUAAGCCUUGACAGUCUCAAGAUCUCCCAGGCAUUCCCGCUGAGACCAUCCUAUGGAACUCGUGGUACCCCUGUGGUGCUGUGGGCUAACUACUUCCCGCUCGUGCCUAAAGGCGACAUCACUUUGUUUCGUUACAAAGUUGAGGUCGGCGUGGAAGGGAAAGCUACACCAAGCUACCGGAAACUCAAGCGUAUCUUUGAAUUGCUUCUGGAAGAUCACUUCCUCAACUUCAAAGGCCGUAUUGCUACGGAUUUCAAAGCCACGCUAGUAUCUACCGUGUCUUUGGAUCUUGCUUCCGAGUCGCUCGAGGUGACAUACCGGGACGAAUUGGACGAGGUUGCCCUGCCCAACGCAAUCACGUACAGACUUCGCGUGAUCGAGAUUCCGCCUUUGAGUCUGGAUCAGCUAACAUCCUACCUUGCAUCACCCUCAGGCGAUGGACUUGGUCAGAGCAAGGAAGAAUACCUUCAGGCUCUGAACAUCAUCAUGGGCCACUUUCCAAAGGCGGCUGGCGACACCUUCAAUGUUGGCAUCAAUAAGCACUUCAAGACCGACACCAAGGAACGAUUUGAUCUCCAAGGAGGACUUAUGGCCUUGAGGGGAUUCUUCGUCAGCGUGCGAUCCGCAACGUCUCGUCUCCUUGUCAACGUUCAGGUCAAGCAUACCACAUGCUUCUACGAUGGUCCAUUAUUCCAACUAAUGCAGGCCACAAACAAUCUGUUUGGGCUGAGACAAAUGAGCUCCUUGCUGAAAGGUGUGAGAAUCAAAGUUACGCAUCUUCCGACGAAGACGAAGGAUGGUGUGCAACAUUACCGUACAAAAUCUAUCCUUGGGCUUGCCACCCCGAAAGAUGGAAGAGAUUUAGAGCACCCUCCCAAGGUUGAAGGCGCAGGGGCAGGACCUGCGGAUGUACAGUUCUACAUUGACGAUACCCCUCAAGAGGGCGCGGAGGCGGCGAAGGUCAAGGGUAAGGCCAAGGGGAAGGGGAAGGGGAAGGCAUCCCAGCCUAUGGUGGGUUAUAUCAGUGUCUUCGAUUACUUCAAACAGCGCUAUGGCAUCAGCAUGGAUAAACGCACUCCCGUCGUAAAUGUCGGUACAUCGGUCAACCCAAGCUAUCUGCCUGCCGAAGUCUGCAUCGUCGAACCUGGUCAAGCGAUUAAGUCCAAACUCAGUCCCGCUCAGACACAGAGGAUGAUCUCGUUUGCUGUUAGACGACCCAAAGAAAAUGCGCAGUCCAUUGUGGAAAGUGGAGCUGAGAUUAUUGGCGCCCUCUCUCAGCCCCAAGCCAUGGCCCAAAUGCAGCUUUCGGUUAUCCCCAAGCUGAUUACCGUUCCCGGGCGUGUUUUGGCUAACCCGUCUGUUCGCUACAAGGGCCAGGGUGUGGCUUCAAUCCGCUCUGGUAGCUGGAACCUGAACAACCUCACUUUUAGGACUCCGGGGGCUCCUUUGAACAAUUGGGCGUACGUGGUAGUUCGAGACCGCCCUAAUGUCCCCGACGUGUGGCCUGUUGUUCAAGAGUUCAUGACUAUCGCGAAAGCACAGGGGUUAACGGUGGCACCCCCUGUGUCGGUUUUGGAGACCAUGAAAUGUGUUCCAUUCGACCUCAAUUAUCAUGGUGCAGAUUCCCUUGAAAUUCAAGUCGAUGAACUUUUCAAGAGGAUCUCCAAAAAUGACAAACUCAGACAAGUCAAAUUCUUGCUGAUUGUUUUGCCAAAUGACAACCCAACCGUUUACAAACGGAUUAAGCUCAACGGCGAGGUCACAUACGGUAUCCAAACUGUGUGCGUUGUCAGAUCGAAGUUCGAUAAGCCUCAUAACGUUCAAUACCAUGCCAAUGUUGCCAUGAAGUUCAAUUUGAAACUCGGAGGUAUUAACCAUGUCCUGGAUGAUGCAAAACUAGGAAUUAUUGCUGCUGGGAAAACUAUGGUUGUCGGCAUUGAUGUCACUCACCCAGCUCCAGGAUCCUCCGAGGUUGCCCCUAGUGUGGCAGGCAUGGUUGCCAGCGUUGAUAAACAGCUUGGUCAAUGGCCGGCAAUUCUGCGGCUGCAGCAUGAGGCUAAGCAGGAGAUGGUCGAUGAUCUCACUGAGAUGCUUAAGUCUCGACUUCGCCUCUGGCAUUCCAAAAACAAGGCAUACCCGGAGAACAUCAUUGUCUACCGUGACGGCGUGUCAGAGGGACAGUACAGCAAAGUCCUUGAUGAAGAGUAUCCUCGCCUUCUUCAGGCCUGCAAGGAGCUGUACUCCGGCUCACCAGUACCAAAACUUCCGAGGAUGACAAUCAUCGUCGUAGGAAAACGGCACAACACUCGCUUCUAUCCCACGAAGGCUGAGGAUUCCGAGAAGGACAAUGCACGUUGCGGCACUGUGGUUGACCGCGGAGUUACUGAGACCCGUAACUGGGACUUCUUCCUGCAAGCCCACACUGCGCUUCAAGGAACUGCUCGCCCAGCCCAUUAUUACAUCGUUGUAGAUGAGAUUUUCUGUCGCCGCCAGAAUCCCGCGUACCCUACUGUUGCCGACGAGCUGGAAGACCUGACGCAUAACAUGUGCUAUCUCUUUGGUCGUGCCACCAAGGCCGUCAGCAUCUGCCCGCCAGCAUACUAUGCUGAUCUUCUUGGUUUCUGGUACUUCAGGGCUUUCGGCUUCUAA